AUGGGAGCCUCAGAGUCGAAGUUGGUCUUCAAACAGGGCAUCUUUCGCCUAUCGGAGGAGAAGGAAAUUCCUCCAGAUGAUCCGUACUGGGCGAGAUUUUGGGAGCUUCCCGAAUCCACGGAAGACGUCUUCAGCCUAUUCACUCCAGCGGAUAUAAGGCGCACGCGCGAUCAUGCCUUGGGAAACUUCGAAACGUUACUAUUAUCUAUAACCUCUCGUCUUACGACCCUGAAAAACCAUCCCUCCUUCCCCGACCCAGAUCUCGCCCCCGACCGAGAUGCCUUGAAUUGCAUUCGCAUUCUCACCCGCCUCCUCCCGUAUAUUUAUGAGGCGGAACACCUGGAGCAAUGGGAAGAGAAGUUCUUCUGGACCCGGCGGAAGAAGAAGACCAGGGAGGCCCAGCUGGCUGCGGAUGUGCUGUUCGAUGAAUCGCAGGUGGAAGAAGUACGGGAUAGAGCAUCGCCCCGUGUCAAUGAAUACGAAGAUGUGAAGCCCUUGGCUGAGGAGUUGAUUGACACGCUUAUGGACCUACUGUUCUACACGGGCUUUACAAUUCCAAAACUUCCCUCGGCUAAGGCCAAGGUAUCAUACUCCAUCUGGCAGAGUGGUGUUGGCUGCAAUACUUCGAUGGGCUCGACCAGGGAAUUGGAGGACAACCGCUGCGAGGUCCUUCGAUUACUGCUCACAAUCACUGGAAAGGCAAUGUACAUGUCUUCUAGCCUGCUGCCGGUCCAAGGUGUCAGGGCCAUUACAUACAUCACCACUUCUCAAGAGAAGCAGGCAGUUUUAACUUUAUUAUGCUCCCUCUUGAACACAGCGAUCAAGUAUAACCCCGCCUCGUGGAGGGUUCCUUAUGACCAUGUUGUAUGGAAAGACCCUAGGCAGAUAUUGAUGCAAGCAACGACAGCUUACCUUCCCGGCAGCCAAAAGUCGGUCAAGUGGGCACCGGAGAUGCUGGUCCUCUUCUGGGAAGCCCUGCAAUGCAACAAGCGGUUCAGAUCAUUCAUCAUCGAUUCGAACCGGUCCCACGACUUUAUAAUUCUCUGUAUAUUUUAUAGCAUUACGUACAAGUCGGAUCCGGCAAAGCAAGGCGUCGUCCGAAUGUGCAUAUUCAUCCUGCAAACGAUGAGCGUGGAGCCCACUUUUGGGAAGAGUUUGAACAAGAAAUUCGAAGCACAAGACACCCUACCACAGAGUAUCCGAAUUCCAGGAUUCAAAGGCUCUUAUGCCGAUUUUCUCCUUAUAUUGUUUACGUCCAUGUCAGCGCCCAGCUUCCUGCUUGCUAACGAGUCGAAUCACGCCCUACUUGCUUCAGUGCUCGAGUCUAUCAAUGCAAUUCUUGAACACAAAUUCAUGAUAUAUGCCAUCUUAAAGUACAGGAGACGUUUCGAAGCGGUCCGGGAGUUUACUCUUGAAAGUGGCCAGCAAGAAAUUGAGCGUCAAAACCAGCGAAGAAAGUCAGAGAACCGUGACUCUAUAGCUAGUCCAGUGCUUUCAGCUUCUGACGAGGAUCCCCGUCUUUCGUCGGGCGCGCGGUCACCUCUUGGUCGCAUUCCUGAAGAGAAUAACCCUUUCGCUAUUGGGGGGGACGACUCAGAAGACGAGGGCGAUGGGCGGCACACACCCCCACAGGACUCAGCCUCCGUCCAGACCUCUCGCAGACAGUCAAUGUCGUCCGUGAUAGACGAAAGUGUGCCAUUACAGCUGCGAGGGAUGUCGGAGAAAGCCCGAGGCAAGAUGCCGGCAGGUCAGCCGUCCUUCUCCCGACAAAACAGUAUGACGAGUCAAAUCAGUAUGUCGGCUAUUUUCCCUUCAUCCUCAGGUGGAUUUACUCCCACUACGGCUUGGCUUGAAUCAUGGUUGCCCGAACUUCCUCUACACACAAUCCUUACCAUUAUCUCAGCCAUCAUGCCAAGUAUUCCUGAAAGCGCUUUUCAGUCCUCCAAUGGUGAAUCCCGCACACUAAUCUCGAACCUGCCGUCAUUCGCGGAAGACCCAUUGAUCCAGAGCAUCAUCUCUGAUCCCACCCCUCCGCGCGUUCACUCGUUUGAGUGGUCCGCCCUUUCGAUGGGCUGGUACGAAUCGUUGCUUUGGGGGUUCAUCUUUUCUGCUGAGAUGGUUGUCGGUUCGGCAUCUGGCGCUACACCUGGCACGGUGGGUGUUUGGAACGGCACCUCAAUCAAGCUAUUCAAGGUGCAGGAGGCGGCGGCACAGGGUCCAACGCUACUGGCGCCCAAGGGCGCGGUGGAUGCGGUUGGAAGUAACCUGGUACAGCGGAUCGGAAACUUAGGCCUCCGACGGAGUAGCACGCAGCCGGAGACUCAAAGUAACUCGGGAUCUCCGUCAGUUCGAGAGGUUUGA